AGGGCUGGCUCUCUUCGUAAUCCUUAUUGCUAUUAUUUGUAUACGUACACAUAUGAAUGCAAGUACUAUCAAUGUUAACUCGACAGUUUGUAGCGGUGGCGAUUGCUCUGCUGGUACAGCUAUCGGUCGUCUCGUCAAGUAAUGUCGCGAGAAAUGAUUUCAUGAAGAAUGGGAUCCAGGAGCCGACUCAGGAGCCGGGACGGGCACGAGAAGCACAGGGUCGGGGAGUACAAAGCCGACAAUGUUGGAAUCAAACCCAACAAAUGCAAAGCCAGCAGUCGCAGUCUGAAAGUUCAAGAACUCUGCUGCCUCAAAGCCUUCCAACUGGCCAAGGACAACAGCCUCAGUCAUCUAAUGCAGGAGGGCCUGGGCAAUGCUUUUUACCCAAUGGAUCUGUUGACAUUAACGGAAUUCCUUGCCUUAGCGGUGACAAUACAAGUCGAUGUUGCGGAUCUGAUGAAUUUUGUUCCACCAAUAGACUGUGCGUGUCGAAAAACAAUGCAAAUAAAUUCUCCCGUGGUUCCUGCGCAGAUCCCACUUUUUCAGCGGCUUCUUGUCCGAGUUUUUGUCAGAGUGGUGAGUUCUCAAAAGCCUGAUAUAUAUAACGAUAACAAAUGGAAAACAAUAACUAAUAAGAAAGUCAGCCAAAGAUAAUGGAUCACUAUUGCCAUGCGGUGAGCCAUCACUAGGACAAUUUUGUUGCGACGAAGGUGAAGGUUUUGCAUGCUGUUCGACGCCGAGCAAGGUCUUUUCAGUAGGGCGAGGAACAAAUUUUACGGAGAAAUACAUCAGUUCAAACGUCACCUCAAGUUCAAUUAUGAAUUUCCAACCACAAAAAUCAUCGCACUUGACUAUUCUCACCAAUACCGAUACCGCGACCCAAACUCAAACGCAGAUUCAGAUAUCGUCAGCAACUCAAACAAUCGUCAGAACGUCUGUUAUCGUUUCCACCCAAAUAGUUACAUCUAUUCAAACCCCAACUCCCACGGUAAUAUUUCCUCCUACAGCUUCAACGACGGUUCCGAAAUCCAUCAUUUUCGCUACACAAACAACAAUUUCACAAAGCCAACCAUCUCUAUCCCUCGAAGCAACUCCCAGCGCAAGUGUAUUCCUAAAUGAAAACAAUCAAUCAUUACCAUCUUCUCCCUUGACGAACUCUGACAGCCAAGCCUCUACUACUUCUUCGAGCCCCAAGGGAAAUCUUAAUCAGAAUGGGCAAGCAGGAGCUUCAACCACGAGUUCUCAAGACUCGAGCAGGCCCUCGGAUUUGAGUCUGGCCGACAACCUUGACAUCCAAUCCACCUUGACAAACUUGCUCAAAGGUCCCAACAUGACCGCAAUUAUCGUUGGAUCUGGAGGCUUGCUUCUGAUUGUGAUUUUUAUCGUAGCGUUUUGUUGUAUCAGAAAGAAAAGACGGGCUAAGAAGUCAAAGGAUGUGAUAAUACGAGGGUCUGAAUCGCAGCGAGGUGCUAGUAAGGAGAGAAGGAAAAAAUACGGACGAGAAAGUGGAGGUCCGAAUAUAGAGGUUUUCGUAACAGUAACCGAGAAAUCAAAGGGACGGAAAGGGAAAGCACAAGCUGCUUACGUAAACGAAGAUGAUAGAAUAUCCCAGGAAUUGGAUGGAGCGCUAGGUGGCGGAUCGUAUCUGGAAUGCGGAACGCUGGGAAGAGAAAUAAAACCUGCAAACCUUGGAAGAAGGUCAUUGGGAAGGGAAAACAUAGAAUUCCAGAAUCCAAUGGAUUACAGGGACAGGAGUCCGAAUCCUUUCGAUCCUCCACCCAUCCCAUCUGAUCUCCGCACCCCUACAGUCCCGAUUCUUCCUCCUCUUCGAUCUCCAGGCUCGGAUUAUGUAAACAGUUCUACGAUUCCCAUUCUUUCUCCUCCUACUCCCAUUCCUGUUUCUCCUCUUUCGCCUCAUUCUCUGGAUCUGGAUUAUCGUAUUUCGAGGGCUUCGUUCGCGUCGGUUACUAGUGGAUCCCGUUAUAGUCGUAUGACGACCGGAGAACCAUUUCUGGCGCCGUCGGCUUUGGAUGUGCCGGUGCCUUAUCGUCCCGUUGGAGAUGAGAGUAGAGGAGUAGGUGAUUAUGGUUAUGGGAGGGUUUCUCGGGAUGAGGAACAGGGGGUUGGAUUUGGGCGGACGGAUGAGCAGAGGCAGGAGCUUCCGAGGGGUUUCUUUUAGAUGGGUCUGGAGGGAAGGGCUGGGAUGGGAGUAUAUAAUUAUAAUUUCGAGUUAGAGGCAGUAGGUAUUUAACGUUUAGAUUUGUACAUAAGACGCGCCUAUAUACCAAUUAUACCACUUGAUAAACAUAGAUUUCCAAAAAUACAGUAAACAUACAGUUUCCCCAGAGUCUUAUAUUGCAUGAUCUGGAAUGAGACCUGAUCUUGUGUAGUUCCGAAAAGCGAAGGCAAGGUAUCAGGUACUAUCUUCCGAAACCAAAGAAUACUUUGAUUAAUUUCCAUCCAGUAACUACCCUCAUAUCACGAAUAUACUUACGCAAGCUUGAAGAGGUUCAUUCUGAAAAAUGACUCACCUCCUCCAACCUUCAUUCUUUUUUCCACAAUGACUUUCUGUCACGCCAGAACGAUGUGGAGCUUUAACCUUG